UGGUAUCACGGAGAUGGUAGUGUUUCCUCCCCUUCAGUUUUAAAAGGAAACUUUGUCCCAAACGAGUCUCCCGGCGAAUUUCCAUUGGCCGAGCAGGUGUUGUUGCUUCGGCGCUACCGCAGUUGAUAAUUACUCGCCAUCUUCCCCACUUGAUCGAAACGGCGACAGAGAGAGGUCUCUCUCACCUUUAUUUCUUCCGUUUCGCUUUCCUCUCUGCCGCUCGUUCUUCCUCACAAACCUAAAAACCCUAAAAUUAUUCGUUUUUCUCCUUGUUAAUUGCUGAAGGAAAUUUAUAGAUGUUCACGCUCACAUGUAUAGAGAAUCUCGAGCUAUUGGCAGAUUGAAUUUCCAUGGUUUCUUCUCAUGUUCUUUCUGUUCUAGAACGAUCCAUAGCUUAAAGCUUGUUUCAGAGCUCCUGUUCGAUAUAUUUUUCUUUCCCUGAUAAUUUGCGCGUUCUGCGAGUAUUGUCAUUCUUAAAUUGGUCGAUUUUGGAGCGAACUGCGGAGGAAAUGGCGUCGAGCUUCCGACAAUGGGAGUCGGAUCCGCUGUUUUCCGCGGCUGAAGUCGUUCAAGACGCCGCUGAUAGGAUGGAAUCACUUUUUCGUCUGUUAUCGCAUGAGCAAAGUCUUGGUCAAGAAAUCCAUAUAGAUGUCAAGUUACUUAAGUCAAUAGAGUAUCAUAGACGUGAUCUUGCAACUACACUGGAAACAGCAAAAUGGCAGUUGGAAGAUUUUGAAAGAGAGGUAAAUCUAUUGGCAACACUGGACAGGUCCCAUUCAAGGGAAAACACUAUUUCCAGAUACAGGCAAUUUAUAGAAGCCAUUACGGAACAAAUACUUAAUGUGGAGAAAAACUUGGGGAGCACAUCAGUGGGAGAUUUAAGGAAAAGCAUAAAGUCGGUAAAUUUUGAUGAACAAGACAGGCAUGGGCUGGAAUUGUUUCUUUCAGGUGAAAGUCCAAGUGAACACGUUGCACGCCAUGACUUGGAAGAUAGUAAUAUCAUGAAAAAGUUUCUUGAUCCAACAAUGACAUCCAGUUUAAAUGAUGAGAUUAUUGAGAAAAACAGGGGUGAUAACUUAAAUAUUAAUGGCCAUGUGCAUUUAAACCACAAUUUUGAUUUAAUGGAGAAUAAAUUACAGAAGGUGGACUCCCAUUAUUCCACACAAAUGAAUUUUGAAGCACCACCUUCUCUUCAAGAGAUCGCUCCUAAUAGAUUUGUUGAAGAUGGGGGUUGGGAUCUGGAGGCAAAUGGGGCCACUAGUAAAGACUCCUUCUGCAAAGACAGGUUGAGAUGGUACAACGGCCAAAGGAACAUUUUGGGUCAUUGA